AUGGGCAGCAACAACUACAAGAGGCUCCCCUACCUGCUGCUUCUGCUGCUGGCCAUCGGCGCCGCCACGCUGAGCGUCAGCGUGCUGCACAAGACGAGGAAGCGGCUGCCCCACCCACUAUCAACCUCCUCUAGGUCCGGGCUGGAGCGCUCGAGCUCAUCGAGAGAGAGCGAGAGCUCGCCACCGCCACCUCCCUCCAGCGGAGCUCGCCGCCGUACAGGGCCUCCCCCACGCCCGAGGUCCUCCGCUCCGCCAGAUCCGGCCUCCUCCUCGGUCCUGCCCGACGCCUACGCCCGCAAUGCGGCCGCCGUCGGGGGCCUCCUCUUCGACCUGCGCUCCUGCGUCUCUCAGGCGCUGCAGGUGCUGGGCGGCAAAGGCACAUGGGCGGUGAAGGGGAACGAGGGGCGGGGGAAGCUGCUCCCCAGGGACCGCAUCGACCGCCUGCUCGACCCGGGGGCCUCCUUCCUCGUGCUCUCUCAGCAGAGGACAAGGGCUUCAUGGACAACAAAGGCGCAUGGUGCUCGCAAGCGACGAAUGGAGUUUGUUCGACAUAGGCACGGAGGAGGAGGAGGAUGGGCACGAACGAAGGAGGACAGGGCACCUAUCUUCUUCCAGGAUAGUGAGCAGCAUCAGGAGGAGGAGCUCAAGAACGACCACCAAGAGGCACCACCGCAGCAGAAGUCUUGGACUCUGGCUCCUCCUCCUCUGGCCAAUGGUGAAGCGCCCAACGAGGCCAGCAGCAAGGCAAUGCGGCGGGAUCGUGCUCCCGUGAUUGUCUGAGGCGCCUGCUCUGCUGCUCAAGGGCGUCCGUGGAAGGCCCAGUCCUAACUAUUGAAGGAGCUACAUGUAGAAGAAGAAAACACUUGUAGACCGGUGAUUCCCAUACUUGUAGAGCUUGUAUCAACUAAACUUGUAUUACGUGUAAAGUACUUAUAUGUAACAGCUUGAGAGCGUAUCGGGUACUCCAAUGGAUGGAGUACUCCGGCUGCACCCUGUAGAGCACAUCCGUUGGAUGAAGUUUGUAGGUACAAGAUGGAAGUAUAACGCCUCACCCUUCCAUUUUUGCAAAGAACACCCCAUGUAAGGAAGUAUUGCUGUAAAGUUGUCAUCAUCUGCUUCAAAAAAAUGGGCUGGCCCAGAUUGGGAACAGAAAGAACACA